CUCCAACCUUUCAAAAUAUUAACCUCAUUUUCGGUGAUCUCUCUAUUUUCUCACUGUAUUUUCAUAGACUCUGCAAUUGUCAACGGUGUGUACUGGUCGGAGGCCCUGAACAAGGUGUUUGUGGAUAACUUUGAGAGGGAUCCCUCGCUUAUAUGGCAAUACUUUGGCAGUGCUAAGGGCUUUUUUAGACAAUAUCCUGGAAUCAAAUGGAAGCCAGAUGACCACGGAGUUAUAGCUUUCGACUGUCGUAAUCGAAAGUGGUACAUCCAGGCAGCCACCUCUCCAAAGGAUGUGGUGAUCUUGGUGGAUGUCAGCGGCAGCAUGAAAGGCCUGAGACUUACCAUUGCCAGGCAGACGGUUUCCUCCAUUCUAGACACUCUUGGAGAUGAUGACUUUUUUAAUAUCAUUGCUUACAAUGAGGAGCUGCAUUAUGUGGAGCCAUGUCUGAACGGAACCCUGGUUCAAGCAGAUGUCACCAACAAAGAUCAUUUCCGGGAGCACCUCGAUAAGCUGUUUGCUCAAGGCAUUGGUAUGUUGGACAUGGCUCUGACGGAGGCGUUCAAUCUUCUCGGUGAUUUUAAUAAGACUGGGAGGGGCAGUGAGUGUAGCCAGGCCAUUAUGCUGGUGACAGAUGGAGCAGUCGAUACAUACGAUACCAUCUUCGAGAAGUAUAACUGGCCAGAGAGGAAGGUUCGAAUAUUCCCCUACCUGAUUGGUCGGGAGUCAGCCUUUGCAGAUAAUUUAAAAUGGAUGGCGUGUGCUAACAAAGGCUACUUCACUCAAAUUUCUACACUGGCCGAUGUUCAAGAGAACGUGAUGGAGUAUCUCCAUGUCCUGAGUCGUCCUAAAGUUAUUGACCGGGAGCAUGACACAGUGUGGACCGAGGCGUACAUUGACAGCACCCUCCCCCAAGCACAAAAGUCGGAUGAUGGUCAAGGUCCAGUCCUGAUGACAACAGUAGCAAUGCCAGUGUUCAGUACCAAGAAUGAGACUAGAAACAGAGGAAUCCUGCUUGGAGUGGUUGGGACAGACGUGCCAGUUUCUGAGCUGCUCAAAACCAUUCCCAAAUAUAAGCUGGGUAUUCACGGCUAUGCCUUUGCAAUCACCAACAAUGGCUACAUCCUCACCCACCCAGACCUGCGGCCACUUUACGGCGACGGCAAAAAGCGAAGGAAGCCGAACUACAGCAGUGUGGAUCUGUCUGAAGUGGAAUGGGAGGAUAAGGAUGACACGUUGAGAAAUGCCAUGGUCAACAGGAAGACUGGGACCUUCUCCAUGGAGGUGACGAAGAGUGUGGACAAGGGGAAACGUGUACUGGUUUUACACAACGAUUACUACUACACAGAUAUUAAAGGCACUCCUUUCAGUCUAGGAGUUGCUCUUUCCAGAGGGCAUGGGAAAUAUUUCUUCAGAGGCAAUGUCACUGUGGAAGAAGGACUUCAUGACUUGGAGCAUCCUGAUGUUGCACUGGCUGACGAAUGGACAUACUGCAACACAGACGAACACCCCAAGCAUCGCUACUUGUCUCAAAUAGAAGCAAUAAAAAUGUAUCUCAGUGGGCAGGAACCCCGCUUGCAUUGUGACAAAGAACUUAUCCAGGAAGUUCUCUUUGAUGCGGUUGUGACCGCUCCACUUGAAGCCUACUGGACCAGUCUUGUGCUCAAUAAGUCAGAAAACUCGGACAAAGGUGUGGAGAUUGCCUAUCUUGGCACAAGGACAGGGCUGUCCAGAAUUAAUCUAUUUGUGGUGCCUGACGAACUCACAAACCUAGACUUCCUGACAGCUGAAGACAAAGAGGGAGUGUUUAAUGCUGAUCACUUUCCUCUAUGGUACAAGAGAGCAGCAGAACAAGUUCCUGGCACCUUUAUUUAUUCUCUGCCUUUCAACUCAGGUUCAGAAAACAUGAGUGUUGUAUUGGCCAGUACUGCCAUUCAGCUUCUGGAUGAGAGGAAAUCCCCCAUAGCUGCUGCUGUUGGCAUCCAGAUGAAGUUGGAGUUUUUCCAGAGAAAAUUUUGGACAGCCAGCAGACAGUGUGCAGCAUUAGAUGGGAAAUGCUCCAUAAGCUGUGAUGAUGAGCACAUCAACUGCUACCUCAUUGACAACAAUGGCUUCAUUCUUGUAGCAGAAGACUACACACUGACUGGAAAUUUUUUUGGUGAAGCAGAAGGAGCUGUAAUGAAUAAGUUGCUGCAGAUGGGCUCUUUUAAACGUGUCACACUGUAUGACUACCAGGCUCUUUGUUGGGUCCAUUCAGAGAGUAGCGACAGUGGGCACACACUCCUGGAUCCUUACUUCGCUUUCUUUGCAGCGGUAAAGUGGAUCCUGACUGAGCUUGUCAUAUUCCUGGUUGAAUUCAACUUAUACAGUUGGUGGAACUCUGAUCUCACAGCUAAAGCUCAAAGGGCAGGUCCGCAUAUGCAGGUGCCGUGUGACACGGAGUACCCUGCCUUCGUCUCAGAAAGAACAAUCAAGGAGAACAUGGGCAACAUCGACUGCGAUGGCUGCAUCAAGUCAUUUGUGAUUCAGCAGAUCCCCAGCAGUAAUCUUUUUAUGGUUGUGGUGGACAACAAGUGUGACUGCAGCCAGUUUGGACCCAUCACCAUGGACCCCUUUGAAAUUAUGUAUAACGAAUCGCUCAAGUGUGAGAGACUGAAGAUGCAAAAAGACAGGCGGCGCCCAGAUACCUGUCACCCUUUUCAUCCAGAGGAAAAUUCAAUGGAGUGUGGAGGAGCUGGCAGCCUCACUACAUCGCUUAGUGCCACGCUGCUUUUAGCGCUCAUGGCCUUGUUCCUUAGGUGACCAAAGCUGGUCCUGACUCACCAUCCACAGCUUGACCUGGUUUGGCUUGGCUCGACGUUAUGAGGAAUUGCAGCGAAGCCACAGAAAACAACAUUUCUGUCCUGUAUGAAACUGUGCCCGAAUUCAAACCCAUCACCAAUAUGAUCCCCAGCCCAGAGGUAUCACCCGUCAGGGUCAUGCAAUAAUUGAAAGGACUGUUCAAAGGAUAAUAUUAAACUUGCUAAGACAACUACAAUCUUUUGGAAAUAUCAUAGGAGCUACAAGGUAAAGAUAGUGGGAGAAAAUUGGUACAAAUAUAACAUUGAAUGUGCUUUUUGACUCUAUGGCCCUUACCAAACCAUGAUUGGGGUUUUCUUCAGUUGUUUGAGAAACCAGGGGUCAAGAACAAGUUCAGUGGUGAAAGUUCUACCUUAGAAAAAAGCCCUGAAAGAUUUUUCAUUCAAAGUGUAGCUUUCGAUGAAGGGUGCUUAGCAUUUCUGGGUGGAUGAGAAUUUUCAACAUUAAUGUCGCCUUUUUCUGUUUUAGUCAGUUUAAUGUGCAGCACAAUCUGCACUUUUGACUUCCGAUAAUCGUAUUGCACGACGGAUUAAGUCUCACUGUAGAGAAGGCUAAAACACACCAGUAGAAGCUUAAAAACAAACAAAAAGAAAAAUCUAGGGCUAUACCCACUGACAGUUGUAACAAAAUGUUCAGUCCUUUCAGGUUGUAGCAAAGGACUGGGGUCUGUAGCUGGGUUUGGAACUGGGCAUUACAGCCACGAAACACCCACAUGGACAGAGAUGGAUGCACUUUCCCCUGGCCUGUUCUGACUUUCCAUGGACUUUUUUUGAUUCUGAAGAUUUAAAAAAAAUAUAUUCUAAAGAUGUUACAUGUGGCUGGGAUUGUUAUAUGAUGUUUGUCUAAUUAUCUUUUUUCCACAAUGAAAAAAAAAAUCUGUUACAAUAUCUACUGUAUAUGGAAAGAAAAAAAAAAGUUUAUUUAUAGUUCGCAAGUGGUACCCAUAAACUGUGACUCAGAGAUCCUCUGAUGUGAGUGGUUGUAAUAAUUAAGCUUUGCCUUAUAAAAAGAUAUCGUUCCUGUUUGUGUACUUUUGAAAUAAAAUAUUGUUUAAAAUGU